GAAGGCCGCGUCCUCUCCUCCCCGCCCCGCGGUGCGUGACGCCAGACGGAAGCCGGCGAGGACCGCUCCCCGCGGAGGCGCCGCCGUUGCCAGGCGACGAGGAGAGUCCCUCAGCUGGCCCGGCGGAGAGGAGCAGCAUGAAACCGCAUCGCUGCCUCUGCCAGAUCUGUACCUGCGGGCGCCAUCGCUGCCCUCAUAAACCCACACGGAUUUAUGAUAAUGGACACCAGGCAUUCCUCACAACAGAGUAUGUGGAAAAAUAUCCCAAGUAUAGCAACAUCUCUCCUCCCCGGAGCCUGAAGCCGAAACAAGAGUACCAAGUGCAUCGUGGGAAAAUGGAAGGAAUUACAACAUUUAAAUCUGAUUAUUUACCAUAUGAUAUUGUGAAGCGACCUUUUCGGGUACAAGAAGAAUAUAAACCAAAGGUGGGAAAGAUAGAACUGGGAACCACAUACCAGAAAGAUUAUAAUGCUCAUAAAAUACAACCAGUGACAUUAGUAAGACCUCUAGAAAGAAAGCACACUACAGGAGGAAAAUUGGAUACCAUACCAACCUAUCAAGAUGACUACAGAUCAUGGGAGGUUCAAAGACGGGAGCCUGGCAAGGUGGAGCAGAUCUACCAUCCACCUACUGUGAAGUUUGGAAAUUCUACUACAUUUCAAGAUGACUUUGUUCCUAGGGAACUGAAUCCCAGGCAAAGUUUUAAACCUCCCUGUGUAGCCAGGCUUUCAGAUGUGCCUUUCAAUAGCACCACAAGCCAUCGCACUGCUUACAUUGCUCAUCAGCUGGCACCCAAAUUCAUAAGACCAAAAGAAGAGUACAAGCCAAGCAACCAACCUUUUGAAGACCUCACAACCCACAGGAAUGAUUUUAAAGGGCUACCUGGGCAACUUGCAAAAAGCUGCAAGCCUGAAAAUGCCAAAGUUGGAUCCAAUGCUCGCUUUAAUGGAAUCACAGAAUUCCAGGAUCGUUUUCAGCCAUGGUUGGUUUCCUUGCCUGAGGUCCGCAAAACAAAAGAGUACAUCCCACCUCCAGGCAACAUGGAUUUUAACUCCACAAGCCAUCUUGAUUUUGUUAAGCAUGAAGUUUCUCCUGCUGUCCCCAUAAGACCAGUUUCUAAUAGAAGAACCCCCAGUGCCCCUUUUCAAGGGAACACUACCACAAAGGAAGACUUUAAAGCCUGGAACAGCUGUCGACAGGAGAUUACUAAAAGAGAACAAGAAAUUCCAAAGCCCACGGGAAAAUUUUAUGAUUUAACUACAUUCAGAUCUCAUUACAUACCAUAUCAGGUCAUCCCAGCUCAAGGUUUCAAACCUGUACAUGCUAUAGUUCCUACUUCAGCUCCUUUUCAAGAUGAAACCGUGUAUCGCAGGGAAUAUACUCGGAAGCAACUGGAGAUCUGCCCAGCCUGUUUCCCUUCCCCUCCAGGUUACAUCUAUGUAAACACUGAUUCUCAGGGUCACAAAUUCUUCCGCCAGCUUACUCCAGAAUUUUCUGAGUCAAGCAGUAAUCCUCUUGGAAAGGAAAUAGCUCUUGUUUCAUAA